CUCUCUAGUAGUCAGCUGAUACAAACACGUUAGUCAGCUGUUUCUUUUGGAAACCAUGGAUGGCAGAUUUUAGUUCGUUUCUCCAGAGAGAAAAUAUGUUUCUAAAAUCUUAUUUCACCGUUAUUAUCAUGAUCAUAGCUUUAAGUGCAACAAUGAUGGAUCUUUCCACAAUGAACUGGAAUCCAGAAGUACCAGCGUUUUGUAACUCGACAACACGACAAUAUUCACUCAAAAUGGAUGAAGCAUGUUUCACCUUUCAUCACAUUAAUAAUAAUCAGUACACCACACAAGAACUGGAGAUUUGGGGGCAAUCCAGCAAAUGCCAGGAGUGUCCAAUGUGGAAAUUUGCUUCUUUGAAAUCCGGACACACAGCUGUUUUGACCGUAAAUACUACAUAUCCCACAUUAUUCCAGGUGAAACAACAUGAAAUAUCAGUUUGCAAUUUCAGCCAACAUUUUGGUGAAUUCGGACAAUACUCCAUGAAUGCCAGCUCUAUGAGGGAUGUGGUGUGCAUCAUUUCCAGUACAUCUGAGGCUUCAUUACUUAUCCCAGAUACUUCAGCUCAACAGGCAAAUCCAAUCCGAUAUCGCAUCCGAUGCCUUGACACUUUUCGUGGGCUUACCAUUGUUUUCAUGAUAAUAGUGAAUUAUGGCGGCGGAGGUUAUUGGUUCUUUGAACAUUCGCCUUGGAAUGGAAUUACGAUUGCCGACGUUAUUUUCCCUUGUUUUGUUUGGAUAUUGGGCGCCAGCUGUGUUCUGUCUCUCAAUUCACAGCUCCGGCGUGCCCUUAGCAAACAACGAAUUUUGUAUAGCACAGUUCGUCGCUCUGUCGCUAUGCUCGUUAUAGGUCUCGUGUUAAACUCUCUGAGUAACAAUAAAAUUAAAACCUUCAUAAUUCCAGGAGUCCUUCAAAGGUUGUCGUUCGUUUACCUUAUCGUUGCCUUAAUCGAACUUACAGGAUUCGAUCCCGAAGAUAAUCAAAGGUACGCAUGGUUCGCACCUAUACGUGAUAUUGUGUGUUCUUGGCGACAGUGGAUCAUAGUGACUGUGUUUGUUUCAACCCAAUUACUCAUCACUUUCUUGCUUCCUGUUCCGGACUGCCCUCUAGGCUAUACGGGAGCUGGCGGACUUGAGAAAAACGGUCUGUACAGAAAUUGUACUGGAGGUGCAGCUCGUCUUGUUGACGUUUCUCUGUUUGGAAACGAUCACAUUUACCAGAGGCCAACCCCGCGAGCUAUUUAUGACACCACUCUUGCUUUUGAUCCUGAAGGUUUGUGUUUCUUUUACUCCCUCCAUUUCUGCGCCUACCUUGACAUGUCUAGAUUGUCAGGAGGGAUCCUUUGUGACUUUAAAAUCGAUGACGGACCCAUCCCGAUCAACAAGCUGUGGUCCUUGUCGUACGUGCUGGUCACGAGUUCCAUAGCAUUUAUACUCCUCACCAUUUUGUACGUCUUCAUCGAUGUCCUAUCGUGGUGGUCUGGAGCCCCUUUUCGCUACGCAGGAGACGUUACAAAAAGCUCGGCAGGCAUAAUUUGAAAACUCUACGGUGUUGAUGGAUUGUAAUGCACCAUCACCAAGUCGUGGAAACGCCACAUUAUCGACUUUACCGUACCGUCCAUCUACGCGUUUUGUUGCAGCUUCGACACCGACAUUAACUCCCCAACCAGCAAAUCGUCCGCAACAAAAAAUGUAUCUACGCCUUAAAUCUCAUUCGAUGAUUGAUUUACAUGAUUUGCAAUGGUUGACAGUUGGCACAUGGCAUCAUUAACAAAUAACAACUUAUAAAUUUGAAAUUGAAAUCCA